AUGGAAGGGAGAGGAGGGAGAAUGCCAAGACUUGAUAUCGGUGUUGAUACAUAGAUAGAUAGAUAGGUAGAGAGAUAGAAGAGGGGAUUUGUUGUCUUGAUAAGGACAUCGUUUUGUCGUCUGUCUGUCUGUCGUUUGUUGGUUUUCCUGUUUAUCCCAGCUUGUUGUGAGAGGUAGUUCUGUUGUGCGACGAGAUUGUUACUGUCUGUUGUGCAUUGUAAGGUUGAUUGCUGCUGCAAAGAAGGAAGGAAGGAACGAAAGAAGGAAGUUCGACCUCCUUUUGGUGCUUCAGCUAUCACGUGUUGACCUGUUUAUUGGGUGAGUCUUGGAAAGGCUGAACCUCAUUCGCGAGACCUUCACGCAACCUGAUUCCCGUCACCAUCGAUCCGAACGCGUCUUUCAGGACCGACAAACAGGACGACAAGAUCAAUCAUGUCAACAACAGACGUCGACACCAAGAUGGCCGACGAGAAAGGAUUAGCCACCACCGACGACACCCCUCCCAAUGGACACCUCUCGCACGGCGAAGUGGACGAUUUGACCGCGUUGGGCUACACGCCUGAGUUGCGACGCAAUCGGUCGCUGUUCACGCUGCUCUUUCAGACCCUGGCCAUCGCUGCGAUCCCCUACGGUGAAGGCGGUCCCCUCAUCAGCGCCAUCUAUGGCGGUGGUCAACUCUCGAUCUUCGUCGGCUGGUUGGUCGUUAUGGUGCUGGAUGAGUGUGUGGCUCUCAGUUUGUCCGAGUUGGCGAGUCGGUAUCCGACAAGUGCGGGCCCGUACUAUUGGUCUUUCCAGAUCGCGAAGAGACAUAAGACUGUGUUGUCUUUUAUUACUGGUUGGAUUUGGUUGAUUGGCAACUGGACUAUCACGUUGUCGGUCAACUUUGGUUUCGCGUCUCUGAUCUCGGCUACGGUUUCUAUGUACCAUCCGGAUUGGAGUGCAAACUCGUGGCAAUUGCUUCUGAUCUUCUAUGCUAUCUGUCUAGGCACUUUCCUGAUUUGUACCUUUGGCAAUAAGUUCUUGCCUAUGGUAGAUACGAUCUGUGCUGCUUGGACUGCGGUUUCGAUUCUCAUCAUCCUAAUUGCCUUGUCUGCUAAAGCAGAGGUUGGUCGUCAUUCAGCUGCAUAUGCUUUAGGUCAUUAUGACACUUCUCUUGCAGGAUGGGGAGGCUUCACGUUCUUCAUUGGGCUUUUGCCGGCUGCGUAUACCUUCUCCGCUAUCGGUAUGAUUGCUUCCAUGGCUGAAGAAGUUGCGGAUCCAGCUGUCAAGGUACCCCGCGCUAUGUCCCUCUGUGUGCCCGUUGGUGGAAUCGCAGGUCUCUUCUUCAUCAUUCCGAUUUGUGUUACCUUACCUCCAUUGGCGGAUAUCAUCGAUGCUCCAGCUGCUCAAGCCAUUCCCUACAUCUUCAAUGUUGUCAUGGGCUCCCCAGGCGGCGGUCUCGGCCUCGUCUUCCUCGUCCUCGGCGUAACAAUGUUCUGCUCCAUCUCCAUCACCGUCGCCGCCUCCCGCUGCACCUGGGCCUUCGCCCGCGACGACGCCAUCCCCGGUGCCAAGCUCUUCGCCAUCGUCUCCAAACGCCUCGCCGUUCCCGUCUGGGCCCUCGUCCUCGUGACCGUCGUCCAAAUGCUGCUCGGACUCAUCAAUCUCGGCUCCACAUCCGCUUUCACAGCCUUUGUCUCCGUCGGUGUCAUUGCCCUGGCCGUUUCAUACGCUAUCCCGAUCGCCAUCUCGCUGUUCUGGGAUCGAAGAAAGGGUGUUAAUCACGCGCAGUGGAACUGUGGCCCGAUCAUUGGACCUAUUGUCAAUGUGAUCGCCCUGGUGUGGAUCACGUUCGAAGUGAUCCUUUUCAGUAUGCCGACCGCGCUUCCCGUUACGGCUGUGUCGAUGAAUUAUGCCAGUGUGGUGUUUGUGGGCUUCGGAGCUAUUAGUGCCGUUUGGUACUUUGUCUAUGCUAGGAGAGUAUACAAAGGCCCACCAGCAUCUGAUGGUUUGUAGAUUCGUCGACUUACUCACUCGCCCUGCUCUCUUGCUAGCUAUGACCUUUAGCGGUUUGCUCUCUGCUUUGCGAAUACAAUAAGCGCGCGCGUGUAUAAUACCCUCUUCUUUCACUACUCGUCAGUCAGUCAGGUAGAUAGAUAGAGAGAGAAAGAAUUCUUGCAUAG